AUGAGUCCGGAUACAAAAGCCGACUCCGAGAACUCGAAGAUGCGUUGCUGGCUUCCGAGUCACAAGCACCCACCUCCGCACGAUACAUUAAACUCUCCAGGAUAUACCGCUGUUGCAGCCAAGUAUAACCACCCACCGCCACUACCGGUCGAUAGACCUAGCGCAUCGAAUAUACCCAUCGACCCUAUCCUCUGGGCCAGUGCUAAAUCCGUUUCAGACGGGAAACACAACGUUGCAAUCCACACUCUUCUUUCCGCGUGUAACGAAACCGCGCACCCGGAAAAUCGUGCCCAGUUCUUCGUGUGGCUAGGUCAAAUAAGCUGCGAGAUCAAAGAAUAUAUCAACGCCAGCUCCUACUUUACCGCUGCCCUGGAUUUAUUCACCACGCUAAAAGACCGCGCCGGAAGCAUAGAACGGCAAAACCCUCAAGCCGAGGAAAAACUGAGGGAGCUCCUUUCUGAGGCCAAGCGUCACCAGCUCAAGGCGACCGAAAUCAAACUGCUUUGCGAGAUUUGCCAGCUCGCAUGCACUACCAAGGACCUCGAGGGAGAUUGUUUCCUCCUUUCCGAGCGAGCCAAGCUUGGUGCGCAAAGCCUCGGUGAUAUGUGGUUAAAGGCCGAGGCUUCACGAAUUUCGGGCAUGGUCAACGAAGCCAAAAAUGAUCUUAUUUCCGCUCUGCAAGCUAUUCGGGUGCUAUCGAGUUGUACCAAGGUGCCAGCUCGGGAAAGGCUAACUCACCGAUAA